UCAGACAUCAACGAUCACGUGACUACGGCAAACCUAUGCAAGCAUCAGCACACUGCUUUGGUAAACAACCGUAUUUUUCAACACAAGCGCCAAGGUUUUAGCGUUACAUCACUAGCAGCUACAUUUAGCUUCCUGUACGGAGAUCAUAAACCCCUACAUAAGCAUGGCACAGCAGCGGGGAGUCAACAGCCUGCAGUUCAAUCAAGACCAAAGUGAGUUACGUUGUUUCUGUUGUGCCAUGGAGACUGGAGUUCGAAUUUACAAUGUGGAACCCCUCAUGGAAAAAGGACACCUAGACCAUGAACAGGUUGGCAGCAUUAAUCAUUGUUCCAUGCUACAUCGUUCAAACCUCUUGGCUGUGGUGGGUGGGGGUGUUAACCCCAAGUUUUCAGAGAUAUCUGUUUUAAUCUGGGAUGAUGCUCAUGAGGUCAGAGAUGCCAAGGAUAAAUUAGUCCUAGAGUUCACAUUCACAAAGCCAGUUCUGUCGGUGCGCAUGAGGCAUGACAAAAUCAUCAUUGUCUUGAAGAACAGGAUCUAUGUAUAUAGUUUCCCAGACAACCCUGUGAAACUCUUUGAAUUUGACACUCGAGAUAAUCCAAAAGGUCUAUGUGAUAUGUGUCCAAGUUUGGAGAAGCAAUUACUGGUCUUCCCUGGACACAAAUGUGGUAGUUUACAGUUGGUGGACCUUUCUAACACAAAACCUGGUACAUCAUCUGCACCAUUCACUAUCAAUGCUCAUCAGAGUGAAAUAGCCUGCUUGGCUCUGAACCAGCCUGGCAGUGUGGUAGCCUCUGCAUCACAGAAGGGUACUUUGAUCCGACUGUUUGACACUACUACACGCGAUAAACUAGUGGAGCUACGAAGAGGAACUGAUCCUGCCACAUUAUACUGCAUCAACUUCAGCCAUGACUCGUCCUUCCUGUGUGCUUCUAGUGACAAAGGCACUGUUCACAUUUUUGCACUGAAGGAUACCAGACUGAAUCGGCGCUCUGCUUUGGCUCGGGUAGGAAAAGUUGGGCCAGUUAUUGGACAGUAUGUAGACAGUCAGUGGUCUCUGGCCAGUUUUACUGUGCCAGCUGAAUGUGCUUGCAUUUGUGCUUUUGGGAAAAACACUUCCAAAAAUGUCAACUCUGUCAUUGCUAUCUGUGUUGAUGGAACAUUCCAUAAAUAUGUCUUCACCUAUGAUGGAAACUGUAACCGGGAGGCUUUUGAUGUGUAUCUCGACAUCUGUGAUGAUGAUGAUUUCUAAGGAGGAAGUUGACAUUGUGUUUAAUUUAUUAAGCUUCAAUUUUAAAUGUUUAAUGGUUUAUAUACAAAAAAGAGAAAAAAAAAAAGAAAAUUGUGCUUGCUAUACCUAAACUUCACUAAGCCUUAAGUAUAGUUGUAGAUUGUCUUUUAGGGUUACGGAAAUCGACUGUGUAAGCAAAUCUAAGGCAUUUUGUGCAAAGUGAACAAAAAUGAUUUCUAAACCAUUUUUCUGUGGUGAGUAAUAAUACAGUGCAAUUAUUAAACCAAAAUUUUGCACCUUUUUUUUUACGCUAUCCCUAGUGCAGCCAUUAUGCUAUGCUGAGGACCAUCAUUUAUUCAAGGAGAAUACACUGUGUUCCUCUAAAAGAAUAUGAAUCAUUAUAUACAGUGGAUAUAAAAAGUCUAUGUACUGUUAAAAUUGCAGGUUUUUGUGAUGUAAAAAAAUGAAACCAAGAUAAAUCAUGUCAGAUCAUUUUCUAGUUUUAAUGUGAUGUAGCAAGCAACAAAAUUCAAGUGAAAAACAAAUACAAAAGGUUUAGGGAAAAAAACUUAGAAUAACCUGGUUGCACACCCUUUUAUAAUGGGGCUCAUAAUUAACCAAUCAUAGUCAAGCUCGUGUUCAGUAAUUAUCAUACACCUGUCAUCAGUAAAGUGAUUCUGAUUAAGCCCGGAUAAAGAUCAGCUGUUUCUGUAGGAUUUUCUUGACUUCUUGGUUUCAUACUACUGCUGAAGCCAUGGUCAACAAAGAGCUUACAAAGAAUACAGUAUAUGGGAUCAUUGUUGAAAGGUAUCAGUCAGGAGAGGGGUACAAAAGAAUUUCCAAAACAUUAGAUGUACCAUGCAACAUCAUGAAUGCCAUCAUCAACAAGUGGAGAAAAUGGGGCACCACAGAACAGGAUGCCCCUCCAAAACUGAUGAAAGAACAAGAAGAAAACUUAUCAGGGAGGCUGUUAAGAGACCUACAGACCUACCUUGAAGGACCUGUAGGAAUAUCUGGCAAGUACCGAUUUUCACAAUUUUGUUGGUUGCUGCAUCACAUUAAAGGUGGAAAAAGAUCUGAUAUGGUUUAUCUUGGUUUCAUUUUAUAACAUAAAAAAAUUGAAUGUGUAAAUGUAUGUAGGCUUUUUAUAUGCUUUUUACAGCUUUGAGUCAUCUUGGGUAAAUCUCUACAAGCUUUGCACACCUAGAUUUGGGCAAUGUCUCCCAUUCUUCCUGGAAGAUCCUCUCAAGUUAAUAAGACUGAGUGGAGAACGUCUGUGAACUGGCAUCUUCAGGUCUCGCCACAUCCUAUUGGGUUCAAGUCUGGGUUUUGGCUGGGCCAGGGACAUACUGACAUUUAGGAUAGUGCACUCCUGUUAUUUUUGCUAAUUUUAUUUUUAAAAUCUGCAUUGUCAGAUAGAAUGCACACUGUGGGUGAUUGUAAUUCUAAUAUUUGACUUAUUAAUAUUUAACCAUGAUUAACUUUGUCACUGAACAAGAUGCAUGACCUCUUAUUGGCACAGGUGCAACUUCUUAUGUAAUUCUUAUGUAAGGAAUAAUGUUAUUCUAAUAUGUGGUAACAUAAAAUUAAUCCACACUUUUUGACCAGUCACAUUCGAGAAUGCAACUGUGUUGUGGUAUAAAAUCUUAUAACUUUAUAACAUGUUCAUAAACUGUAUAAAUGUUUAUUAAAUAUAUAAAUGGUGUGAA